AUGACAGACUCUGGUUGUUCACAAUCUGCUUCGCCUGUAUGCGACGCCAACGCAAUUAUCAAUGUUGAAAGCAUUCAUCCUACAGUAAGCCUGUUGAAGGCAUUGCCAGAAUGCAAUUUGGUGAUAAAGGAGAAAGAAAUAGAGAACACCAAAAAGAAACCUGCCAAGUCCAGCUUCCCCUUGAAAAAUCUCAAAGAUUUGCUCCUUUCUGGAAGAGUUUACCAUGAUUAUCAAUUUAGACCGCGGAAAUCCAUUUUCGAUCGCGUCACGACUCCACAAACGUUUUUGAAGAAUGAAUUUCGUGGAUUUUACGUUCUCUUUUGGCUUUCUAUGUUUGUCUGGAUUGUCCAGUUGUAUGCCAAAAGCUACUGGUUGCGGAACACCAUUCUCGGAUUACCGCUUGCCAGAAUCGUCUUUCGUCAGUUCUUCGUUUUGUUUGGCUCUGACUUUAUCAUGGUUUUUCUGACCUUGUUUUCCUUUGUCUUGCAAUGGUGUAUAGCAAAACGAUACAUUGCAUGGUCCAACACCGGCUAUAUCAUUCAACUCGUAUGGCAAGGAUGUUUCACAUCGCUAGCUGCUUACUGGGUCGUACAUCGGAAAUUCCCAGUCAUCCAAUCACUCUUUUUUACUCUGCAUUGCGCCGUUCUCGUUAUGAAACAACACUCAUACGCCCACCAUCUGGGCUACCUAAGCACAGUUAGUGCUUUGCAUGAAGCUUACGGCGAUGUCUUAAAGGUUGUUCGAAGCAGUCUCAAAGACGAUUCAAAUGAGGCUGAAUCAAUCUCUUUUGAGUUGGAAUACCCUGAUCGCACGGAGCAAAUUGACGCCAUCAAAGCCGACGAGGUUGUUGCCCUGACCAUGAAAUACCUUGACCAUUCACUAUGGAGUGAAAUUGGAAACGUCGUUUAUCCAACCAACGUAACUCUUUUAAAUUACAUAGACUAUUUACUCAUACCCUCCCUUGUCUAUAGUUUGGAAUUUCCCCGCGUAUCCAAAAUAAAUUUAAAGUACUUGACGGUGAAAAUCAUUUCUACGUUCAGCGUCUUGUUUACUUGCUUGGCCCUCGUUGACUGGUACUUUCUACCUGCCGCUGAAAGUGUACAAGGCUUGGAUUUUGUCACAAAGCUUCACCAUGCUCCAUUUUUAAUGAGUAGACUUUUAUUUCCUGCCGUAAUUCUUUACUUGCUACUGUUCUACCUUACAUUCGACGUCAUCUUAAACGCCUUUGCUGAAAUCACCAAAUUCGCAGACAGGGACUUUUAUGGUCCCUGGUGGAAUACCGUCACUUGGGAUGAAUUCGCUCGACAGUGGAAUAAACCCGUCCAUGUUUUCUUGAUGCGGCAUGUAUAUCAUUCUUCUAGGCAGAUAUUGAACAAGUCAAUGGCUGUCGUCUUCACCUUUUUGUUGUCUGCUUUGGUUCAUGAAUUUGUAAUGCUAUUGGUUACUAAAAAGCUUCGUUGCUAUAUUCUCUUUUUCCAACUCUUGCAGUUGCCCCUGUAUGAUUUAUCUCAAAUGUCUGCCUUCAAAAAUAAUGAAUUACUUGGGAAUCUGUUCUUUUGGAUUGGAAUUUUUACUGGCCCUUCGUUUAUUUGUAUUCUUUACAUCGUGUUUUAA